AUGGUGGUCGCUCAUAAUCCGGGCUUGGCCAAUCCCGAGAUCUCCAAGAUCAUUGGAGAACAGUGGCGAUCUCUCUCGGAAGAUGAUAAGAGUAAAUGGAAGGCACUUGCAGAGGAGGAAAAAGCUCGGCAUCAGCAGCAAUACCCUGACUACCGCUACCAGCCUCGGCGGUAUGGUCGGGAUGGAGGCUCCCGGAGUUCGGCCUCAGGGAUUGGGCACAACCCAUCUGGUUCAUCACACUGUAACAGAUGUGGUGGUCGAUUGAUGAAUGCACCCGCGUCCCCCAUGACCCCGUUCACACCCAGCAGUGGGCUUGGAUAUCGACCACCAUCAAACUUCUCAGUAUCAUCACCACACCCAAAUAAUGUGCCGCCAAAAAGUGUCCAAGGCCACGAAAAGGACCCCAAUCCAGUACCGAAGUCGGCAAAGAUGGACCACGACCCCCAUUCUCGCCACAGACACUGGGAGGGACCCGGUGGUCGCUCUCCUGACAAUAAACGCCGCCGAGUAUCCCACAGCUCAUUCAAGCCAACUUUACAUCCCUCCUACCGGGACCACAGUCCCGGAAAUGGCAUCCCCGAAUCACCGCACCCUAUGACCCCUUGGAGUGCUCGCCCCGAUAUGCCACCACGCCACCUCCCCAUGCUUCAACCGCAACGGCCAUAUCAAAGUGUCCCGGGGCAGCCACACCCUGAUCCCAGUCUGAAGCUACCACCACUCCAGACUACGACACCGGUGAUGACACCCAUAACACCCUUUCCGCAAGAAGGGUCCAGUGUCGAAGCAACGGUCAUGACAAUCCCCUUCCUCAACAAGAUCAAAGUCCUCGCUAAGAUCUCCCCGCCCCUCCUCCCCUCAUUCCGGGACGGCAUCCCACCAGCCCGCGGCCCCGUCAUCGCUGUGGACGGCCAAGAUCCUGAGCUCGUACAAACAGCGGUCGAAUACCUCAACAACCUCCUACAAAAGGAGACAAAGUAUCACGUACGAGUCUUCGACGGACCAGAAAUCAAAGCACCCCGACCCACCUCCGCAGAAGCAGGCCAGAUGGGUGAUGCCACAGUCGACUACCUCAACACCAUCUCAGCCUGGCACCGGAUCUCCGACGAAAUCAUCGGCUUCGUAAAAUCCACCUCAAGAGCUGGCUCCGUCGAUGCCCGCUCCAUAGUAACAGACGAGGAACCCCUCGUACCAAACGUCUCCCCCCGCACCCUCAUACCCAAGACCGCAAACAUGCACAUCCACUCCCCAGCCCAGUCAAGCGAGAACGGCUCCGAAACUAGCGCCAUCACGGCAGGCAGUCACUAUGGCGUACCUAUUGCGCUCGUCCCGCGAUACCAGCUUACCACGGCUGAUGCAUUCGCCUGCUCCACGCCCAUCGGCGACUCCUACGCGCCGCUCGAUCACUGGCAGUGGAUGGCGUCGCUGUGGCGCGCGUGCGUGGGACCUGAUAUCACAGUUUACAUUCGCGAGUGCGGUAAGGAGGAGUUGGAUCGCAUGGGUGGGAAUCCUGUCGAGGUGCGAUUGCAGGAUGCGCGUACAGUUGUGCUGAGGAAGGUUGUUGGAAGGGAUUUGGAGGAGAAGGCGCUUAAGCGGAUGGGUUUUGAGAUUGAGGACUUUUUGACUCAGUAA